AUCCACUAACACCGCCGCUGUGUACUGCACCGACUGCAUCUAUUUACUGACGCGAUCUGCACUCAACUGCUGUAGUCGGGCUGUCUAAUUAAUACGCGUCCCAGCAUUCACUCAACAUCCUUAAUCACUCAUAAACAGCAGGCGUAACCUUUUGGUAAAUGGGGAGGCGAAUGGCGGAGUGAACGCGGAUCUGUCGUGUAUGCGGGAAAACACAAAACAAAUGCAGUUUGACUUUGUAGUGGUUUGUUUUUGCACAUUCGCUUUGUUCGCUCGGCUCGGCUACAGCGCCUGUCUCUUUAAGAACUCCCGCCUCCGUCUGGCCCGCGGCAGGAGUGCGAAUCCAUUCCUGGAACAGCGGCAGGAAAAAAAAAGAGAGAUCCAGCAGCCGGUCUGUUUCAAGUCCCCCCAAAAGAAACUGUGCCUGAUUUGUGGCCAAUGCUUUGGGAUGUAAAAAAAAAAAAAACUAAGGGUAGCUAUGGAGAUAGAGCGCUUUGCUGGUUUCUUUCUUUGACAGGUGUUGAGUGCGGAAAAGUCUGAAAACACAAACGAGUAUGUAUGCCAAAGGGAAAGGAUCUACAGUCCCGUCUGACAACCAGGCGAGGGAAAAGUUAGCGUUGUACGUGUACGAGUAUUUACUGCAUGUGGGGGCACAGAAAUCUGCACAGACCUUCCUGUCGGAGAUCCGAUGGGAGAAGAAUAUCACAUUAGGCGAGCCUCCUGGAUUUUUACACUCGUGGUGGUGUGUAUUCUGGGACCUGUACUGUGCCGCGCCCGACCGACGAGAGACAUGCGAGCAUUCCAGUGAAGCCAAGGCCUUCCACGACUACAGUGCAGCUGCUGCACCCAGCCCCGUGAUGGGCAACAUGCCCCCCAACGACGGCAUGCCAGGCGGUCCCAUGCCCCCCGGCUUCUUUCAGGGGCCUCCUGGUUCACAGCCGUCGCCCCACGCACAGCCACCCCCACACAACCCCAGCAACCCCAUGAUGGGACCGCACAGCCAGCCUUUCAUGUCUCCGCGGUACCCAGGCGGGCCACGCCCCUCCCUCAGAAUGCCAAAUCAGCCCCCAGGCGGAGUUCCGGGGUCACAGCCUCUCCUACCCAACAGCUUGGACCCCACGAGACCGCAAGGGCAUCCGAACAUGGGCGGGCCAAUGCAGAGAAUGAACCCCCCGAGAGGGAUGGCAGGGAUGGGGCCACAGAACUAUGGGGGAGGAAUGAGACCCCCACCCAGCUCGCUAGGGGGCCCUGGCAUGCCUGGGAUGAACAUGGGUCCGGGAGGAAGGGGUCCCUGGCCGAAUCCUAACGCAAACUCGAUAGCAUAUUCCUCGUCGUCUCCAGGGAAUUACGUGGGUCCACCGGGGGGAGGCGGUCCGCCAGGCACUCCCAUCAUGCCCAGCCCAGGAGACUCUACAAAUUCCAGUGAAAACAUUUACACAAUGAUGAACCCAAUAGGACCUGGAGGCAGCAGACCCAACUUCCCCAUGGGCCCUGGUCCAGAUGGUCCGAUGGGAGGGAUGGGCGCGAUGGAGCCGCACCACAUGAACGGGUCGUUAGGGUCUGGGGACAUGGAUGGGUUGCCAAAGAAUUCUCCGAACAACAUGGCAGGGAUGAAUAACCCCCCCGGCACUCCGCGAGACGACGGCGAGAUGGCCGGCAACUUCCUGAACCCGUUCCAAAGUGAAAGCUAUUCUCCCAGCAUGACGAUGAGUGUGUGAUUUUCCCCCGCCCCCACCGUCCCCCCACCCUGUGCGACCCCCCCCCCCAGACCCCCGAUCUCCCGUGCACCCUCCCCUGAGAACGAGGGCUGCAUAUUCACAGCACCCAGCAGGGGGCAGGACACGACCAGAGGACUCCAGAGAAAGCCAGCAGAACUUCGACCGACCCAAGAGUGUGCGCCUCACUGACACCCCACCCAGACAGACAGACAGACAGACAGACAGCAGGUGUAUUUAAAGACUGUCCCCAAACACCUACCUGUAUCUACCUGCAAACACCUUUCCACUAUUCUUCUUGUUCUUGUUGUUGUUUAAUAUUGUAAUGACAUGGCAGCAGCAGCGCCCCCUGUAGGUGAGUUGCCAUUCAAACAUGUAAAGGUGGUUUGUGUGGUUUUUUUAAAUGUUUUUAUUUUCCUGGGGCAGGAG